AUGCUGGAAACCGACGAUACGGUUUUCAUGUCAAAGCCUAUCAACGGGCGAACGUUCUUCCUGCAGAGCAGCAGUAGCAGUUCGUGCUCGACACUUCGGGAACAGGGCCCAAAGACCCGUUCGUUUCUCGUUCCUACUCUUUCGAGCUUGGGGGCGAACUAUCAGCGUCUGCGUCGCACUUUCAUCGUACCAGCAGCCUCGACGUUUCGACGGACGCUCCUCAUGAAUCGGCCAUGGGACGACGAUUUCGUUGUAGCAGCACGUAUCCCUCGUGACAAAGUUACUGUAGACCAAGUCCUCAGUCGCGGUGGCUUUGGUGUUGUUUACUCGGGCUCUUACAAUGGCCGCCAAGUUGCUGUCAAGAUGCUGCUGCCUGACACUCGUCGCAAUAUCUCACACGUUGUCAAUUUGCUGGCAGAAGUCAAGAUGAUGGCAUCCAUGGAGCAUCCACAUAUUGUCGAAUUCAUUGGUGUUGCCUGGGACUCGUUGACCAACAUGUGUGUCGUGUCGGAGUUCAUGGCUGGAGGUGACUUGAAAGCUUUGCUGAGUGGCUACGACGAGCAGGAGCAUCCAAUGGGCUUUAGCCGACAAAAGCUCCGAAUCGCAUUGCACAUUGCACACGCACUCAUGUACAUGCACUCGCUCGAUCCUCCAAUUAUUCACCGUGACCUGAAAUCCAAGAAUGUGCUGCUAAACGAAAACCUGGACGCCAAACUGACGGACUUUGGCACUUCUCGAGAGCGGGUGAAUGAGUCCAUGACUGGAGGUGUUGGAACGUGCUUGUGGAUGGCUCCCGAAGUGAUGCUCGGUGACAGGUAUGACGAUAAAGCCGACGUGUUCUCCUUCGGUGUCGUACUGUCCGAGCUCGACACACACGCAUGUCCGUACUGGCAGGCACGAGACCCGAAUGAUUCGAGCCGACCGAUGCCCGAGCCAGCGAUACUGCAAAUGGUAGCAACCGGCAAGCUUCGCGUCGAAUUCUCGAAACAAGCAUGCAACGCUGUCGUCGAGCUGGGCACAGCCUGCGUCUCAUUAGACCCCAAAUCACGGCCGACAGCAUCGGAAGCACUGUAUAGACUGCACACGGUCAUAGCAGCAGACGACCAAAGCAACGGUAGUGCUGAACUGACAAGCACGUGA